UUUGACAGAGAGAGAUUCAGCGCAGAGUUCCCGACAUGAGCGACAGUGCAGCCGCCGAAACCGCUCCUCCAGCCUCCGCCAGCACCAAACCCAAGUCUCCCAAGAAGAAGAAGGCGACAGCUCCCAGGAAGAAACCAGCCGGUCCCGGGUUGGGCGAGCGGAUUGUGAAGAUUGUCGGGGAGAACAGCGAUCGGAAGGGAACGUCUCUGGUCGCUAUAAAGAAGGCGCUGCAGAGAAGCGGGGUCAAUGUGGAGAAGCAAAAUGCACAGAUCAGGAUGGCUGCCAAGAGGUGCCUGGCGAAAGGCUCCCUGGUUCUGGUGAAGGGCCAGGGCGUCUCCGGCUCCUUCAAACUCGCAAAGAAUCCAGUCAAGACAAAAGUGGGAAAGAAGGCGAGACCAGCAGCAGCCGCCAAGAAAGCAGCCGUGAAGAAAACAACGAGCAAGAAGGUGGCAGCGAAGAAAGCGACAGGCAAGAAAGCGGGCGGCAAGAAGGCAGCAACGCCGAAGAAACCGGCGAAGAAAGCAACGCCGAAGAAAAAGACUCCCGUGAAGAAAGUGAAAAAGACCAAGAGCCCCAAGGCCGCAAAGCCGGCCCCGAAAUCGGCGAAGGCAAAGGCCAAGCCCAAAGCGAAAGUGACCAAGAAAGCAGCAAAGAAAUGAUGCAGUCGGUGUAACAUGUAACAACCUGAACCCAAAGGCUCUUCUCAGAGCCACCACAUCUUUCAGGAGAGAGCUGAGCCCGGAUCAAAUGAUCCCUGUCCUAGCUCCGAGUGCAGGAAUAAUUUAGACACUGAUUUAUGUGAAUAACCGUUCCGUAUUUACCUAUCGGAUUUACACUCAGCCCCUCUUCCAUACUCUACAAUAUGUGAGUGUGAGGUCCUGCUCACAUAGACCAUAGGCUCUAGUGCUUUGUCAGUUCAUGUCAGUCUGCUUGUCACACAUGCAGGGAGAGAGUCUCAAAGAGUCAAACACAGGCUCUGAAACCCCUCUUCACCACACAAUCCUCAAGAAAUGAUUUUGUCUCAUUCAGCUGGGGGAAUAGAAACUGACGUAGAAAUGGAAGAAACCGUGUUGUCUUGUUAAGAAAGGCCUGAUCAUGGGCGUUUAAUUGUAUCACAACUGCUUUGAAAAAAAGUCCCUGUUUUUAUCUGCUUCGAACAUGAAGCUCGAGAUCGCAGUUCUUUUGCCGAAAAUUGUGUUCACUGCAUUGUGGAGAAUAGUUUUAUUUACAGAUCCAGUUGGGGGCUGGAGUUAGCAUAUAUUGCUGUAUUUGUAUUUCAUUAACCGUUACAGGAAUGAUAUUUCUUUCAGUUUUGAUUCUGGGACAACUGUGAAAGUUUUAAUUUACUUUCCAUCAGCCUGUUGCAGGAAGCAACGCCAAAUUAUCUUGGGACUAAUUAUAACCUAGGCGAAAGGUAGAAAUGCCGCUAAAUUGAGUUUGUGUAACUUUAUUCGUUACACUGUGUUGCACCAUAUUAGCUUUUAAAAUGCUUUAUUCGGCGGUAUUUAGAUGCAUUAACGGCAGUUAUACGUUCCGUUCAUCAUGUUUGUCCGGCUGUAUUACACGCCCUCCCCCUUUCCUCACGCCUGUUACAGACAGAUGAGGCAGUCCUGUCGUCCUGUCUCCGCUGAUGUAGAGUUUAUUCAAAAAACUUAGUUUGCAAAGUACACGAUUUGAUCGGAGGCGGACUUUAUUAUCCUUUUAAAUAUUUACUUUAAACUCAGGAUCGCGAGGGUAAAAUCGGCGGGCUUUUUGAAAGAGGCCAACUGUCAUUUCAAGUUAACCAAUCAGCCUCCAAAAAAUAUUAUUCGGCCUUUUCUGUCCCUUCCGGAGCUGUUUCUCAGGGGAUUGAGGGACGGGACUGUAUCCAAUCCCAGCUCUA